GAAAUAGGAACUAGAGUUUGAGAAUUGAGCUGUCUACAAGUUCAAAUAUGUAUAAGGUGUCGGUAAUGCAGUGCCUGAAAAAAAGAUGAUGAACAAAUCAAAAGCCCAUUGCAGUGACGGUUUUCUAGUAUAUUCUUAAUUUAUUAUCAACGUGAACAGUGCCGUGAUUAGUAUUUGAAAUUGUUAUUAAUAUAUUAGUGAACAUAUAUUAAGUUACGUCUUAUUAAUGUAUAUGCUUAUUAGGUCCUGACAACUCGUUCAAUCAAGCGUAAUCGUAUUGAAGAUCGACGCCAAGCUUUAACACAGUCCGCAAGACUUUAAACUGCCUGUGAUAGACUAACAGCAUUUAACAGAAUUUAAAAUUCACUUUCAAUUUAACGAAAAACAAAACACUAUCAGAGUUGUUCUUUAUAACAUUCAAAAAUAGAACACUAACAGCAGUCAUAGAAAAGUAGAAUAGAUAAAUUAAGGAUUUCAAAUUUGAAAAUAGAACGUAAAGGGACGCAUCCGUGCAAUCGCCGUGCACUGGAAAUAGAAGCUUGUGUAGUAGAGCAAUAGAGUUGUGAAUCAAACGACACACACACGUAGUGCCAUGAGAGACAUGAAGCCGUGCCAGCACACUUUGUCCGACGAUAUAGUUUACAAAGAAGUUGUCGUUAUCGGUAAUGGCCCCAGCGGUAUGGUAACCUCGUUCAUGCUGGCCGGGAAUGUGCCCUACCUCAAACACAUCCCGGACGACCUGCCCAUUGACGACAUGCUGAAAGCCAGAUUGCAGAACCUCCCUCCAGGUGUGAGCCUGCUGGAGACGGAGCUCACGUCCCUGGCGGAGGGUCUGGAGGGCCGCAGUCAGAACCCCAUUCCACUACUGAUGGACAACCUGCUGAGACCGUGUGCGGACCUGGGGCUCACGGAGGACUCGCUCAUAGACUGGAGAUAUGACAUGGAGAAGGAGAUAGACCACAUAGUGCUGGGUAAGGGUCCUCCGGGCGGAGCUUGGCACACGUUCCCCGAGGGCGUGCGCACCCUGUCCCCGGAGGCCUGGCUCACCCUGCCGCCGGGGACGACGGGGACGAAGCCUCACGCCGGGGGCCGGGUGUCUGCGCGCGCCGUGGCCGCCUACUGCAGGAAAUACGUGCAGCAGUGGCAGCUACAGCGUUACUUCCGUAGCGGCGUCGUGGUGACGGGCGUGUCUCCGGCGCCCCCGGGACUCCCCUGCUGUCCCUCCUGCCCCCGCGCCGCCAGAUAUCUGGUCACCGGCUACGAGACGUCCGAGUGCCGCGUGUUCCGCUACCUGUGUCGGCGCGUGGUGCUGGCUUGUGGCGGAGGAGACAGACCCAACACCCUGCCGCUGACACACACACACACACACAACGUGUUCACACACUCGCUGGCGGACGUGGAGAGAUCUGUUCAUCAGAUGGCCAACACCGACGGAGCAGUGCUGGUGGUGGGUUCAGGAGUGAGCGCCGCGGACGCCGUGCGCCUGGUGAGGGCGGCGGGCCUGCGAGUUCUGCACCUCCACCGACAGCCCAACGACUCGCUCGCUAGGCUGCCGCCGCAGACAUACCCCGACUACUGCCAGGUGUACAAAAUGAUGCUAGAUGGACCUUCCGGCAACCACGAGAACUACACUCCCUUCCCCGAACACACCAUAAUAGAGAUAACACCCGUCUCCUGCGAGGAACCCUCGCUCAAACUGAAGAACUACACUGAGGACGAGAGCCUUCACCCCAAGAAGGUAAAACUCCUCAACUUAGUCACCAACCAGACGGUGGAAAUCACAGUCUCACUCAUCGCUGUGCUCAUCGGCUCCAAGCCAGACCUGUUCUUCCUCCACACGGACUUCAAUCCCAGGAACAUCCAAGUACAAGACUGCAAAUGUGAGAAGAAACAAACCCAGAGGCAGUGCUUCUUGAAGAACCACUGGCACUACAUCAAGUCCGUCCUGGAGCAGAGCAUACAGAUCUGCAAGUCGAGGUAUCUCAGCGCGGAGAUCAACGGCAACAUGGACACCGGCUGCACAUUACCCGACUGCAACAAGAGGAAAGAGUAUUCGGUGGUGAACAAACAGAUCACCCCGUACUGUCAGUGUCAGCCGACCAACCCCUACAGCGGCGGCAUCGGCUACGGCGCGGACCCCAGCAAGCCGGUCGACGGCAGGUCCAACCCCAUAGCCAUAGACAGGAGCACGCACGAGCUCCUCAACGGACCCAAGGGAGUGUACGCGCUGGGACCGCUGACGGCCGACAACUUCAUCAGGUUCAUCCCGGGCGGCGCGCUGGCCAUCGUCGCACAAAUACACAAAGAAAACAAAUCUGAAUUAAACUAAAUUAAAUCAAACCCAUCAAACAUGUGAUCGUCUUACUUAACUUUUUUUUUUACAAUAAAUUAUUUUUUUAUACGUC